AUGGAAGUGCUUACAGAGCAGACUCAUGGACAGAGGGAAACACCGGCGGCUCUCCUGUCUUCCAGCUAUUGUGUCCACUCUGGUGGUUUAGACUCUGGUGGUUUAGUCUCUGGUGGUUUAGACCCUGGUGGUUUAGACCCUGGUGGUUUAGACUCUGGUGGUUUAGACUCUGGUGGUGGUUUAGAGCCUGGUGGUUUAGACCCUGGUGGUUUAGACCCUUGUGGUUUAGACCCUGGUGGUUUAGACUCUGGUGGUGGUUUAGACCCUGGUGGUUUAGACCCUGGUGGUUUAGACCCUGGUGGUUUAGACCCUGGUGGUUUAGACCCUUGUGGUUUAGACCCUGGUGGUUUAGACUCUGGUGGUGUAGACUCUGGUGGUUUAGACUCUGGUGGUGUAGACUCUGGUGGUUUAGACUCUGGUGGUUUAGACUCUGGUGGUUUAGACCCUGGUGGUUUAGAUUCUGGUGGUUUAGACCCUGGUGGUUUAGACUCUGGUGGUUUAGACUCUGGUGGUUUAGUCUCUGGUGGUUUACACUCUGGUGGUUUGGAUUCUGGUGGUUUAGACUCUGGUGGUUUAGUCUCUGGUGGUUUGGAUUCUGGUGGUGGUUUAGACCCUGGUGGUGGUUUAGACCCUGGUGGUGGUUUAGACCCUGGUGGUGGUUUAGACCCUGGUGGUUUAGACUCUGGUGGUUUAGACUCUGGUGGUUUAGACUCUGGUGGUUUAGUCUCUGGUGGUUUGGAUUCUGGUGGUGGUUUAGACUCUGGUGGUUUAGUCUCUGGUGGUGGUUUAGACCCUGGUGGUUUAGACUCUGGUGGUUUGGAUUCUGGUGGUGGUUUAGACCCUGGUGGUGGUUUAGACUCUGGUGGUUUGGAUUCUGGUGGUGGUUUAGACCCUGGUGGUGGUUUAGACCUGGUGGUGGUUUAG